CGUGCUUCAGGUACACUGAAUUACAAUGAUGAUGAUGUUGCUGCCCUGCUUGAUGCAUGCAUGAACUGCCUUCCACUUGGCACAAAGGGUUGGCUUGCUGUUGAGGAAGAGUUUGCUGCAUGGGCAGAUAGCCAUGACCGUCCCACUUGUCCCGCAAAAUCUCUUGAGCUUAAGUUUAAGCAGCUGGUUUGCACUACGAAGCCAACUGGUGAUGGUGAGUGCCCUCCUCACAUUGAACGCGCUCAUGAAAUCGACUCCCACAUGAAUGAGAAGGCUGGCACCUGUGAUCUUGAUGACAAUGAAUUCACUGAUGAAGUUAUCAAUAUUGGGAGUGAUGAAGAUGAACCUCAGCGAGCCAGGACACCAAAGGUCUCUGUCAAGACUGAGGUACAGGAUCCUGCACUUAGUAUUUCCCAUCGUUCUGUUAGCACACCCACUCCUCAACCUCGCACCUCAUGCACCUCAGGUCUCGAUCUUCUAACUUCAACCACUGCUUCGCUUGAUCCUUGCCCUCAAGCCGCUCGAGAUGACGAGCGCGCUGCUCGGACUUUGCAGACCACUCAACUCGUAUCUACAUCUAACCAGUUGCGAGAUGCACACAUGACCAUUAAUUCUCUUCGUGAUCAGCUCUUGCAGUGUGAACAUGAGCGUGCUAAUGCUGAGCGUCAUGCAGACCAUCUAGAGAUGCAGUUGGAAAUGGCUCAACUCAUGCAGAAAGGUCCAGAUCACCGACCGAUGCCAUGA